UUGCGUGCCUGCGGUGCGGGCGUGCGGCCUUGCGCUGCGCCUGCGCCGCGCGGCGGCUGGCUUGCCAGCGACCUGGCCUUGUGCCGACCUGCGGCGUGCGCGGCGCCUUGCCUUGCGCCUGCUGCUGCCUUGCGCUGCCUUGCCUUCGCGGCGUGCUGUGCCUGCUGCCUUGCUGCCCUUCGCCUGCAACAGCUGGCGGCGGCGGCGCUGGCGGCGCGUGGCGGCGGCGGCGCCGCCGCCCUUGGCGCGGCGGCGCGCGGCGGCGGCGGCGGCGGCCCGGCGCGGCGGGGGGCGGGCGGCGGCGGCGGCGGCGGCUGGCCGGCGCGCGGCAAGCGGCGGCGCUGCGAAAAAACGGCGCGCGGCCGCCGCCGCCAGCCAGCUGGGCGCGGCGGCGGGCGGCGGCGGCAGCAGCUGGCCGCCGCACCGCAGCUGCCGGCGGCGGCUGCGCGCGUCUGCGCGGCCGCGCGGCGCGGUGGCGCGGCGCGUGGCGCGGCGGCGGCGCGCGGCGGCGGCGGCGGCGGCGGCGCGCCGCCGUCGCGGCCGCGGCGCGGCCUGCCGCCUGCCGCGGCCGCUGCCGCCGCGCCGCCGCGCGGCCGCGCCGCCUUGCGCCGCCCGCGCGCGGCGAGCGCGCGCGCGGCGCGCGCCGCGCGCGCCGCGCCGGCGCGCGGCGGCGGCCGCGGCGCGGCGGCGCGCGGCGGCGGCGGCGGCGCGGCGGCGGCGGCUGGCGGCGGCGGCGGCGGCGGCGGCGCGCGGCGGCGGCGGCGGCGCGGGCGGCGCGCGGCGGGCGGCGGCGGCGGCGGCGGCGGCGGCGGGCGGCGGCGGCGGCGGCGGCGGCGGCGGCGGCGGCGGCGGCGGCGCGGCGGCCGCGCGCGCGCGCGCGCACGCACGCACGCGGGCGGGGGGGGGGGGGGGGGGGGGAUGAAUUUGAGGAGUGUCAUAGAAGUGAAGUAA